CAUAUAAACCAGAGAUCCAAAUACCGUGGAGAUCACCAAACGGCUGCAAUGGGCUCGUCGCCUCACGCACUGCUCCUGCCAUACCCUGCACAAGGCCAUGUCAUCCCCUUCAUGGCGCUCGCCCACUUCUUGGUGAACCACGGCUUCAAGGUCACCUUCGUCAACACUGAGUUCAGCCACGCGCGCCUUGUCGCCGCCUUGGCCGACAUGGAGCAGGCUGCUUCGGGCCGAAUUGAGCUCGUCUCCAUCCCGGACGGGCUGGAGCUGGAAGACUCCGGCGCGCGCAGCGACCACGGGAAGCUGAUGGCGGGCCUCCAGAAGGCCAUGCAUCCUUGCCUGGAGGAGCUGAUCCGUAGGAGCGGCGACGCCGGCGAUCAGAUCACGUGCAUGAUCGCCUUCCAGGGCAUGGCCUGGGCGCUGGAGGUCGCGAAGAAGAUGGGCGUCCGGACAGCGGCGUUCUGGCCUGCGUCGGCGGCGGUGCUCGCCACGAUACUGAGCAUCCCGGAGCUGAUCGCGCGAGGCGUCAUCGACGAGAAUGGGUUUCCCAUGGCGGAAGGCGUGUUCCAGCUCGGCCCUGGCAUGCUGCCCAUGAACACGGCCUACGUCGCCUGGAACAACCUUGGCGAUCGGACAGCCCAACCGAUGCUCUUCAAUUACAUCUUCAACAACGCCCGGGCGACCGCCGCGGCCGACUUCCUCCUCUGCAACUCCUUCCAGGAGCUCGAGGCGCCGGUGUUCGCCUUCUCCCCGAGCAUAAUACCUAUAGGGCCGGUGCGGGCGGCGCACCGGCCGGGAAAGCUGGUGGGGCACUUGUGGCCGGUUGACACGACGUGCACGGCCUGGCUCGACGGGAAGCCGCCCGGCUCGGUGGCGUACGUGGCCUUCGGGAGCUUCACCAUCCUCGACCGCCGCCAGUUCCACGAGCUCGCGCUCGGGCUGGAGCUGUCCGGCCGGCCGUUCUUGUGGGUCGCGCGGCCGGACCUGACGGACGACAUGGCCGAUGCCUACCCGCCGGGAUUCAUUGACCGGGUCGCCUGCAGGGGGAAGAUGGCGAGAUGGGCGCCUCAGGACCAGGUGCUUGCUCACCCUGCGAUUGGUUGCUUCAUAUCACACUGUGGGUGGAACUCGACCAUGGAGGCCAUCAGCAAUGGAGUGCCUCUCCUGUGCUGGCCCAGCUUUGGCGACCAGUUCGUCAACCAGACCUAUGUUUGUGAUGAUUGGAAGACUGGUCUAAAGAUGGUGGCUGAUGAGAGUGGGAUCAUAACAAGGGAAGAGAUCAGCUGCAAGCUGCAGGAAUUGCUUGGAGGUGUGGAGGUGAAGAACAGGGCAAUGGCUUUAAUGGAAGCAGCUCUUAGAAGUGCCACCAAUGGAGGAUUCUCCUUCCAAAACCUUACUCACUUUGUAGCUGCCAUGAAACAAUGA